CAAUGCUUAAGGUUAUUACAAAUAAUAGGGAGCUAAGAUGUGUUUAUGUUCAGAAUACUUUUAUGGUGAUACAUUGCAUUAAUCCAAACAGCCCUCUGGAGAUCAGUGAGGUGACUGUCACAGUGGAAACAAUCAAGUACAACCAGCCAGCCAUCUCUGAAGAAUUUGUUUGUGAGAAAACUGUUGCAGAAGAUGCAUCUGAAGGCUCCACAGACCCCAUAGCAGUGGGCCAUAGUAGCUUUGCAACACAAGAAACAGAAACUGCAGAUGCAGGAGCUGAGCAGAAGGUGUGGCACUUCCCAAUAUCAGCGAUACAGACAUUGGAAGAUGGAAAGCAGGUCGUUGAGAUCCCGACUCCUGUUGGCCCCAAAAUUGUCCCUGUGCCCACACUUGCACCUGGGACCUCGAAUGUCAUUGUCAUGGCGACUGAUGCCCCCGAUUCUCCUGAGUGGAUGUCAAGAAAGAAAUGGAAUUUAGUGCUGAUCCUUUUAGAGGUACACCAGCACCAAAAGGAAGAAAUUCAUCUCUUCAUUUGAUUACAUGAGCUUUUGAUUACAAGAACUCUGCUAAUAUCAAAGAAAGAUGUAGGUAUCUUUAUAAGUACUUUAUUUGCAACAGAGCCUCAUUAUUAGUGUGUUGGAAUGGAAUGUGAAUUUUAUUAUUCUCCAGUGCAGUGUUUAGAUUUACCUCAUGCAAGAUAGCAAGUUAAAUAGAACUCUCUCCUGCUCCCAGUCUCUCUGUCUGUCCUUUUCUCUCUUCCUCUCCCCCUUUCUCUCCCACUCCCUUUUCCUCCCUUUCCUUUCUCUCUCCAUCCUCCACUCUUCUCCUCUCUCUUCCUCUUCACCCUCUCUCUCUUCUUCCUCUUCCUCUCACUUCAACUCUUAUUCCCACUCUCACUUUUAUUCUCCUUCUCCUUAUUAUUUUAUUGUCCAAUGUAUUUUUUUGGUGGUCUCAGGUUUUUGAGAAUUAUUGUGUGAAGAUGGAAUAUAUUCAGAACCUGUAGUAUGAGUUUCUCAUAACAUUUCUUUUAACAAUUUGAAACAAGGAAAUUAAUAUAUCUUUUCCUUUUUGAGCCAUCAGAUCUCACUUAUAUGUAAGGUGUAAUACAUUUUCUGGUCAUCACAUUUUUGCUGGGUUUCAGAGUUGUGUGUAUCAUUAUUGCAUAUUGUUAUAUAUCUUCCCAUUAGAUAAGUAUUUUUUCCUUUCUUAGUUGUAUUUGUAAAUUUGUGUAUAUGUGUACUAUAUAUAUUUUUGUUAAAUUCAUGGGCUGAGUAAGAGCCUUAUCUUUUUGUUGGGAGAUUUGCUUAUCAAAUUAAUUUAUUAUUUGUGUAAUACCAUUAAAGAUUAAUGUAUUACUCACCUAUGAAUCUUAUAUCCAGCCCCAUUGAUAUUCUCUGACUGGAUUUGUCAUUUUGUAUAUCUUUGGUUAUUUUGCCUGCCAGAGGAGUCAAAUAACCAAUCUUGUUUUGGAGAAAAAAAUGGUUACUAAAAGACACUGCAGUUUAGAUUUUUUAAAUUUUCAUGCUAUAUCUACAUUAGUAAAGGUAUCCAAUCGAAAUCUUUCAGAUUUAUUGCAUUUGUCAUCCAUGAGACUAAUGUUUCAACAUGCAGUUUUAAGUACAGUUGCCUUUAUUACAACAGUUUUAAAUUGGAAAAGCCCUUUCUGUAACAACUAAGAUAUCUGUUAAACCCCUAUAUAGCCCAAACUAAUUGUUCCCUAGCUGUGAUUCAUUCCCCAGGAAUCCUAUUUUGAAACAUCAAACACCUUCCAUGCUUCUGAUCAUGUUAUAGUAGCUAACCUCAUGUUGAAAAAUGAAAGGAGAAUUUUUUUGAACAUGGAAGACAGCAUUCUAGUUAUUUAACAUCUGGUUUCCUUUUUCAUGGUGAGCAUGGUUGCCCCUGCCACCCAAUUUUCAACCAUGGAAUUAUACGCUGUGCUUUAUUAUCAUUAUUAUUAUUAUUAUUAUUAUUAUUAUCAUUAUUAUUAUUGUUGUUGUUGUUGUUGUUGUUGUUAUUUUAAUUCUCCAUAUGUAUUCCUAAUGAGCAGAUCAAAAGAACAAAUAUCAAGUAUAUCAUACCUACAUUGAUAAAAGAUUACCAGAUUAAAAAGAAGGCUAUUUAGCUAAUCAAACAAAAUAAAUAGAUAGAUAAAAAGCUGCUUUGCCUUUUAAACAUUUUGUGACAGUAAUCUGUACAGGAUACAGUGUUCUGAUAGUACUGUUCCAGGGUUGAUAGUCAAAAACCUUUGUGGAAUAGGGAAAAACUAGAGGGAGCAUGUCAGGAAUGCACACUGCCACCUGCUGGUCAAGGAAGUCCUCGCACUUUUUCUUGUGCUUUAAUGUUCUUUUCUUUAAUGUGUAUUUUUUUCUUUAUGAUCACAUUUCUCUCUCAUUCCAGUAGAAGAUAGCUUGGGAUUUAGUUUGGAUUUCUGAUAGUU